AUGCAGCUCACCAAACAGCCUUCCGCGCUCGAGAUGUCGCUCUCGCCGACACACCCCGUCGAACACGCCGAGUUCUACGUCGAGGGCAUCCUCUUUGACAUGGACGGUGAGUCGAACUAGAUCCAAACGACUCGUCGUUUGAUCUCCCCUCUACCGGGUCACACGACACCCCAGCGUUUCGGCAAAGUCAGCGCGCUCCGUGUCGAAACGUUCGCCGUUUGGGCGAGCGCGCGCACGGAUCGAUUGCAUGACGAUGAUGACCGCGCCCGAGCGUAGGACUUUGCACCCCAAGUCGAUUAGCGACAGCGAGCCGGACGCGGGCGCUUAUCUCAAUCCCUCGGCCAUCGAUCCUGUUUCCAUGUCACUUACUCUCAAGACUUUGAACCUCGACAGGCACAUUGGUCGAUUCGAUCGCCGCCGUAGAGUCAGCAUGGAGCUCGGUCGCAGAAGAGUUGGGCAAGCCUGCCGACGAGGUCAUCGCCGCGACUCACGGACGUCGCGCGAUCGACAACUUGCGCGAUCUCAAGCCCCAGCUCCGUCGAUUGACGAACGAGCAGAUGGAACCCCAUGUCGAGGAGGUGAGUGCUGCUGGGUCAUCUCCGUUCGAGCCAGGCUUUUUCACCUGGUCUUGUGAACUGACACGUUGACCCUCCUGCCCGUGCGAUCACCAGUUCGAGAAGCGCAUUCUCAGGGAAGCCGACGAGUUCUCCGUCAAGGUGCGCUCAAGGAGGAGCUCCGAGGCGUCCAGUCGCCGCAACUCGCAGCCCAACAGUCGACGUGGCUCCAAUGCCGGCAGUCGCCGACCUUCCCACUCGUCAGGACCGAACCCUCUCCUGUCUGGUCUCGCCGGUGGUCAAUUCGGCAUGAGCAAGAUCGCUGUGAGUCCCUGCUUCGAGCAUCCUCAUCGAAGGUUUGUUCAAACUGAUCUGACGGGAUGAUCAUCGAUCAUGCAGACCCCUCAAGCCACCGAAAGUCCCGAUGAUACUGGCCUAGGAACAAACAACGACAGUGCCAACCUCGACACCGUCAAUGCGAAGCUCGCCAGACUCUCGACCGGGGAUGCGCCGAGCCGAGAUCGCCUCGCUGAAUUAACAUCGCCCUUCGAUGAUGAUGACGAGUCCGACGACGACUUUGACAUCAGCGAAUACACCGAAGAGGAGAUUGGGUGCGUUCAACCAUGACGGUCAUGCCUUAAGAUAAACCGAUCACACGCAGAUUAGAUACUGAGUGUGUUUUCUUUCGACUCUGUAGCUGCCAAGACAAGUCUGUCCGCAUCCUGCCCGGUGUGCGCCGCCUGAUCGCCUCCCUCCCUCAAGCUCGUUACGCUGUCGCCACCUCAGGUGCCAAGACUUGUGAGUUGCAUCCACAUGCGAUCUUGAAUAAUCUGUCGUCCUGAAACGUCCGAUUUACCGUAAUAGACUGCCACGGAGCGCUUGCUCGCGCCGGCAUCAAGCGACCUGCCGUGACGAUCACCGCCGAUGACCCAAGGCUCAAGCGCGGCAAGCCCCACCCCGAUCCGUUCAUCUUGGUCAGUCAUGAAACACUGGAUCUCCGUUUGGACGUUUCAUCUGCAUGCUGACGGACCAUCCUUUCGCAACUCUAGGCCGCCGAGGAGCUCGGCAUCCCCGUCGAGAAGUGCCUUGUGUUUGAGGAUUCGCCGUCAGGCAUCAAAGCGGGUGUCUCCUCGGGCGCAAAAACGAUCGCCAUCUGCACGUCCCACCCAGUCGAGAAGAUCUCGGAUAGCGGAGCGCACUACAUCGUUCGUAAGUAGUUCUCUAUCUCAGUCGAGAAGAACUUGAAGAGGUGUUGACAUCGCUUGAGACAUCUACAUUAUCAGCCUCGUUGGACUGCGUCCACGCAUUCCCUCAGAAGGACGGCCGCAUCAAGAUUGUCAUCGAGUGAGCUAUAAUCGAUCUUCUUCCUCUUUGAAAGGAAUUGCUGCUCAUCCAGUCCGCUUUGAUAUCUUCAGCGCUCACCCACCCCAUCACCCCCGACACGGUUCCCGUGGCAGCUUCGUCGCCGUCGCUCCCGAUGCCGUUGCAUAG